AAGUCGUCAUUAAGGUUGUAUGGGGUUUGUGAAUGAUCCGAAUCUUUGAUAAGAUUCGUUUGCUGUGGUUUCAAUAGCUUCCACCACGCCCUCUGGGCAUUGAAACAGUACCGGACGUAUGUGGAAAAGGAGGAAUUUCUCAGUAAAGGCUUGGUGGUUCACAUUUCAUUGUCAUUGCUCUGAUGGACUUCCACCGAUUUUGCUGCAUGGAAGAGCAGACAUGAAAAUCCUUGCGGGAUUUUUCGUGGUCCAUUUGCUUUUGCAGUCCAUAGACUGUUCUGCAAUCGUCAGUUUGGAGCUCAUCAAGUACUCCAACCCAAGGGGAUCGACUGCAUUUGGAAGGAAGUGUGAUCUCUGGCCAGGAGGACAGCAGCUUCCAUGUGACCCUUCGUUCUUUAUUUGCUUGACUCCCAGGCCUGCAAAUCGCAAAGGAUGUUUAUGGACAAAUGCUUGGAUGAACCAAAAUGAAAUAACCUUUCGUCCUGGUAUGAUAUUAGGAAGAACACUAAAAAAUCCGAUUCUUUACAAAAUUACAGAAGGAUGGACGGGACAACUGACGAUCGAUAUUACAGUGAAAGAUGAAGACGGACUAUUUGAUGACCAGCUUGACAUGUUUAAGGAAAAAUUGAAACUAGGGAAUAACAUCGGUGAGAGUACAAUAGUCAUGAAAGGAGAGACAUCGACGCUAUCAUUGAAAGUUCGGUCUUUGUGUAUUGACAAUUCGAAGAAAACCGACUGCAUUAAAGACUGCAUCCCAGUUUUAGAUCCUAACAAAAGAUGGAUAUGCAGAAGGAAAGGGCCAGGUUGCAUCCCACGUGACGAUGAUCUUGGACACUACGUUUGCGAUGAGAUAACUGGGAAAAAGAAAUGCCUGCCAGGAUGGACUGGCAAAAACUGCUUGAACGAUGUAAGGACGGAGAUAUCAUGCAGUACAAAUUACAUGAGAAUCGACAUCGAUCGAAAGUAUUUUGAUCCAAAAAAGUACACAGAUAUCAAUCUUCUGGAUCCUUCGUGCACUUCAAAGGUCUCUGAAACUCACAUCACGCUCGAUACAUUGCCUCAGUCAUGUGGAGCGAUCAAGACAGAGACUAACGAUUACAUCAUCUACCAAAACGAGGUUUACAUGAAAGCUCGGCCAACACUGAAGCUGGUAACGAGAGAACAUGACGUAAGAAUUAAGUUCAAGUGCUCCUAUAAGAAAAGUGACAUCACAGGCUCGACCUCGUUUAGACCGUUGACAAGUAUUGACGUACAAGAAGAUGCUGCUUUUCUUUACACGAGGCCAGAAGAACAAACAUUUUCCUACGGCAAAAGGGGCUACAGUGCCCUGACAUUCAAUUUGAAAAUGUUCAAGGACCAAUCAUUCAAGGAAAUCCAGAAUCAGUUCCCUGUUAAAGUGAAGCUGAAUCAGUCGCUGUAUUUUGAAGUCAACUCUACAUCAAAUGACGAUGAUCUCGUGCUCUUGAUCGAUCAAUGUUACGCAACUCCAACCAUGAAUUACAGCAAUAAACUCAAAUAUGUUUUCAUCAACGAUGGCUGCCCAAAAGACAAAACACUGACACUAAUGACUGGAGAGAAAAAAAAGCAAAGAUUUGGCAUCAAUACGUUUGCAUUUGUGAAGCGCAGUAGAAGUAUUUUCAUCCACUGCGUGUUGUUUAUGUGCAGGAAAUCGUCGGUUGAAAAAAAAUGUCGCAAAGAUUGCAAUGGAAAGUAUCUUAGCAGGGGCAAAAGGGAAACAGACGAGUCUGCCAAAGCAAGGUCUAAUUCAAACGAAGAGCUGCCAAGCACCAAGUACUAUCUUCUAGAUAUUGGUCCAAUAAACGGCGAUUUGAAGCGAACAAAUCCUGUUGAGAAGGGAGAGAGCAGAAGAGAGGGAACACCAGUGGUGACAAUUGCACUUGUAGCUGGAAUCGCUGUAUUUGGGUUUAUAGCAGCGGCUAUGUUUGCUUGGAUAAGAAAGAUCGAGAGGCCAAGCCAAUACCGUCAAACAACACCAGGCAAUUAAAAUGGAUCCAGUGCAGAUAAAGCAAGAGCACAGAAAAAGACAGAGAGUCAAUUAAACCAAAGAUAAUUAAUCCCUUAUAAUUGUUCUUUUUUGCACUUUUGUAGCUUUAUUAUUGAUAUGAAAUGAAUAGCAAACUCA